GAUCAUUACAGUGUGACGUCACAGUUCGACGCCAUUUUUUGCUGGAGGGCAAACAAAUGACAAAUUAGUACCUGAAACUGAUGAAAAAUUUGUUUACCUGGAUUUAUUGGCCGCUUAACUGGGUUUUUGAAAAUGGAUAUAAGCAAAUGUUGGACAGAAAUGUCCGUUAUUAUCAAAAUGCCUUCAUUUUGUGCGGUUGUUAACUGUGGUAAGAGAGGAAAUAGAGAUGUUGAGAGAUUUUUUAGAAUCCCAGCUACGUUGAAAAAUCGUGGUCCACAUAUUGAGACAUUGUCCCAACAACGUCGAGAAGCCUGGAGAAAAGCUUUGAAACGGGUGGACUUUCAUGAAUCCGCACAAAAAUAUGCAAGAAUAUGCUCUAGACAUUUCAUAACUGGAGAACCAGCCCACCUUGAAGACAAUGCGAACCCUGACUGGGUCCCAAACCAGCACAUGGGAUAUAAUACUGCUCAUCCCUUGAAUGUACAGGCAGUUGAAAGACAUACAAGAAAAGCUAAUCGUACUAAACGUUUGAAACAGGAUGAUGCAGAAGCUUUUCUAAGAUCAUUGGAAACACAAGAUGCAGAAAACGAACAGGAAGUUGAAGCAGUAGAAUAUGAAGAAGAUAGUUCUGGACAAGGUGAAUCUGGAGUUGGGGUACAAACUGACAUGAAAGCAAAUGAUAUUACAGUGUUGGAAGAACAACUGCAUUUCUGCAACUCUAGAAUUUAUUCCAUGGAAAGUAAAUUGUCAAAGUGUGAAUUGACUGAGGAAUCAUUCCAUAAUGAUGAUUCGAAGACACUUUACUUCACAGGGUUUCCAAAAUCAGAAAUGCUCUUCACAAUAUUUCAGUACAUUUGUCCGAACUUGUCUCACAAAAGCCAUUUAUCUCCAUUUCAGCAACUGCUUCUUACUUUAAUGAAACUUAGAUUAAAUUUGCCCUUUAAAUAUUUAUCAUAUAGAUUUUCAGUAUCGUCAAGUACUUGUUCGGACACUUUUUAUAAAUGUAUUGAUAUAUUGUACGAGAAAUUUCGAAACCUUGUGCAUUGGCCGGAGAGGAGUCAGCUGAGGAAAAAUGUACCUGCAUGUUUUAAAGAAAAUUUUGGAGAUAGAGUUGCAAUUAUAAUUGAUUGUUUCGAAAUAUUCACUGAAACUCCAUCAAAUCUAUUGAAUGCUGCUCGAUUUUGGUCAAACUACAAGCACCAUCAGACAGUUAAGUUUUUAAUCGGAAUAACCCCUCAAGGAGUGAUAUCCUAUAUAUCUGAGGCAUGGGUUGGAAGGACCAGUGACAAAUAUUUGACGGAAAAUUGUGGAUUUUUAAGUUUCAUCUUACUAGGGGAUAUCAUUUUGGCAGAUCGAGGUUUUUUAAUUAGAAAUGAAGUUGAAAUGUUGGGAGGUGACCUCUACAUCCCAGCUUUCACAAAGGGCAUAAACCAACUUCAUCCUGUGGAUUUGAAAAACACGGGGAAUAUCGCCACAGUGAGAAUUCACGUAGAACGUGUUAUUGGCUUGCUGAAGAGAAAGUUCAAAAUUUGCCAAGGUCCAAUUCGUUACUAUGCUAUCAACAUCUAG